UGGGAACUGUGGUGGCAAGGCUUAAAAUUAAAACCAAUUUAACCUCUUCCAGUUGACUUAAUACAACCUUAAUUAUCAAAUGAUAUUACUUCUCCAUAAGAAAAGAUAGAAUUAUUCUCAGCCAUUUAAUAUCAGAGUAUCUGAAAAAUAAAAAGUAUUAAAAGUUUUUAAAUAGAUAAAAUUACUAGUAACUGAUAAGUAACUUAGUAGAUUAGAAGAAAAUAAAGAAUGACGAAUUUGGGUAAUAUAAUGAUCAAUCAGUUCAUAAUUUUUAAGGAAUAGUUGACAAUCAAAAUGAUAACAAUGAAUUUAUCUAAUCUAAAAUCUAUUUUUUGAAGUAAGAGUUAAGCGAAUUCAUUUAAUUGAAAUAAUUAUUUAAUGAAGCCGAUUAUCAAAUUUAAAUGAAAACUUUUCCAUUGUUAUUAGACUUAUAUUAUAUUUUAAUAAUAAAAAAGCCUGGUGAAGAAGAACAAUAAUACUGGUUUGGAGAUUACUGA